AUGUCCAGUCCAUUUCAAGAGAUACAGCAGCUACUGACGUCCGCAGAUGGACCCUCGCGAGGUGCUGUGCUGCGCCAGUUGCAUGAGAUUGUAGUCUCUGCCGAGACGCCUGAAGAGACAGCUACACGCAUUGCACUCUAUCCAUUGCAGACUUCAGCCAUAAGGAUCGGCCAUGACUUAAAGAUAUUCGAUAUCCUCAACGAGGGACCCAAGAGUCUUGGGGAGCUUGUGAAACUCACCAGGGCCCAUCCCAUCACCCUAGGACGUCUUCUGAAAUACAUGGCUUCAGUCGGGAUCAUUCGCGAGUCUAGUGCAGACUGCUACGAAUCCAACAAGAAGAGCCGAAAUCUGGCAACUUCCGAGGCAGUCACAAUCAUGACACACUUCUUUGAGAACUGUUCCCCUCUGUUUCAGGAGAUGCCGGCCUUCCUGCGCAGGACGAGCUACCAGGACGUCACCGACGCAAAGGACACAGUCUUCCAGCCUGCAUACAAGACCGACUUGGAUACAUAUGCUUGGUUCUCACAGAACCUCGCCCACAAGGUCGCUCUGAUAAAGUACAUGGGCCUCGAGGAGAAUACCAGAGGCCGCUGGCUGGACGAGUACCCCUUCGAGCUCGUGACUCAGGGCUGGGACCCCAAAACGCCAGUCUUUGUCGAUAUCGGUGGCAAUGUCGGCCACUACUGUGCCAAGUUCAAGGAACGUUUCCCCACCGUCCCUGGCCAUGUAAUCUUGCAGGAUCUGCCGAGCACCCUGGCGCAUGCGCUACACACGCCGGGCGUCGAGGCGAUCCCGCACGACUUCUUCGAGCCUCAGCCUAUCAAAGGUGCCAAGUUCUACCACCUCGGCUGGGUCCUCCAUAACUGGAAUGAUGAGAAGUCGAUGCAAAUUCUGCGCCAAAUCAAGCCAGCAAUGGCUCCAGACUCGGUUCUUCUGAUCAAUGACAUGGUGCUGCCUGAGACUGGAGUUCCUCCCUUUUCAACCUCACUGGACCUCGUGAUGUUGGGAGCAUGUGCUGGCCGCGAACGAACAUUGGCCGAUUGGAAGAAUCUGUUCAGCCAGGUCGGCCUGGCUAUCGUCGAUUGCAACUUGAAAGCGCUCUUCAAGGGGGUUGUGAAGACCACUUGGGUGCUUAGGUAG